GGUCUUUGAGGGUGGUUUUCGAGGAUGCUGAGCUUGGUUUUCGGGGUGCCGUGUGGGUGUUUUGGGGGUGCUGAGCGUAGCGGGGGUGCCCGCUGCCCACAGAGGCAGCUGCCAAGCGGGCGGCCGCCCGCGCCCGAGCCCCCGCGGCAGGAGCAGAUGGCACCGGGGUGGAAAAGCAGCCAGUAGCCAGGAAUAGGCAGAGACGGGCAGGAGCAGGCAGCGGGGAGCCGGCAGCGAACAAGCCCGGCCGGGGAAAAGCUGCUGCGCGGGGGCCCCCGAGGUGCCGCGGGGCCCCGGCCGGUUGCCAGCGGGUGUUUCGGGGUUUGCUCAAUACCGGGUGGGGAAAGAAAAACAAGGGGAGCGGAGGGAGUGCUGGGAGAGGGGAGGGUUGCACACGGGCGGUUGGCACCCGAAAAGCUGGAUCCGCCUUCGCCCUGGCCCGCCGCCGCUCCGUGCCUCAGUUUCCCCCGCGGCCGGGGCUGCGCUCGCCCCCUUGCGCCGUGGGGAGCCGCUCUGCGGGCUGGGGGCUUUGCGUGAGGGGCGCGGGGGACACUGCUCGGCACCCACAGGGACACCCACCCGUGGGCGCGCACCCCCCGUGUGCGCAGAGCGGGGGGUGCAGGCGCAGCGCAGCGCUUGCCCCCGCAGCCCUGCGGCGAGCCGCGCAGCCCCCCCCAUAGCCACCAAACCCCCUUCAUCUCGGUGUCAUCCCCCGUCACCCUCGGGCAGCGCAGAAGGUCACCAAUUUGGGGACAGCGUCCCCGCGCCCGGCGGAGGCGGUCUUUUUUUGGGGGGGUUCAUCCUGCAUCGGGGGCUUUGCAGGCGCAUCGUGACACCCCGUGUCACCGCGUCCCCAAGCCGCGCUGAGCCGGUGCUCCCCCCGCGAAGUGUCCCCCCACGCAUUCCCAAGAACCGGGCACUGCCCGCCACAAAGAUGGCGCCUCCACCUUCCGCAUGGCUCCGGGCAGUGCCAAGCACAAAGAUGGCGACUCAUUGGCGGGCCAGGGCGCGCCCUUAAUCAAGAUGGCGACAACAGCGUCUUUCCGGGAAGGGCGUGUCCCACAGCACGCAUGCGCGUUGGGUCGGCGAGCCGGUGAUUGCCCGGGCAGGGUGAGGGGCGGCGUGGCGGACGUGGUGGGAGCUGGGCGCGACGGGGGCCAGCCCGAGCAUGGCGGAGGGGGGCUCGGGGGACAGCGGCUCCCCGGGCAGCCUGCGCCCGGCGCUCCCCGGGGCACGGGGGGUGCUGGGGAGGCGCCCGGCCGGCCCCCCCCUCACCCCGGGGCGCCUGCCCUCCAUCCGCUCCCGGGACCUCACCCUGGGGGGCGUGAAGAAGAAAACCUUCACCCCCAACAUAAUUAGCAGGAAGAUCAAGGAAGAGCCCAAAGAGGAUGUGUCGGUCAAGAAGGAGAAGAAGGAACGGGACAGGGACCGGCAGCGUGAUGGGCACGGCCGGGGCCGGGGCCGGCCCGAGGUUAUCCAGUCCCACUCCAUCUUCGAGCAGGGUCCUGCUGAAAUGAUGAAGAAAAAAGCAGGCUCCUGGGACAAGACGGUGGACAUGGCGGACUUCGGCCCUUCCCACAUCAUCAACAUCAAGAAGGAGAAGAGGGAGACGGACGAGGAGACGAAGCAGAUCCUGCGGAUGCUGCAGAAGGACGAUUUCCUCGAUGACCCAGGGCUGAAGAACGACAUCCGCAACAAGCCGGUGCAGCUGCCGCUGGCCCACUCCGGAUGGCUCUUCAAGGAGGAGGUGACAGAGCAGGAUGACACCAAGUCCUGGCUGCCCAAGGAGGAGAAGAUGGAGUUGGACCCCCCAGCGGUGAAAGUGAAAGAAGAGCCGUGUGACGAGGACCCCCAGCCCGAGCCAGUGCAAAUUAAGGGCCCCCCCGGUUUUCCCCGGGACGUCUCGGUGGCCGAGCUGUUGCAGCGGCUGAGCCUGUCGCCCGAGGAGGAGCUGCUGUUCCUGCAGCUGCCCGACACGCUGCCCGGCCAGCCCCCCACCCACGACACCAAACCCAUCAAGACGGAGCUGCAGAAUGAGGAAGGGCAGGUGGUGGUGGUGAAGCAGGAGAAAAGCCAGGAGGCAAGGCAGGCGGAGAACACCUGCACCCUGGCCGACCUCCCCGAGGGGCAGGUGGGGAAACUGCUCGUCCGCAAGUCGGGAAAAGUGCAGCUGGUGCUGGGAAAAGUGACCCUGGACGUGACCAUGGGGACCCCCUGCUCCUUCCUGCAGGAUUUCCCAUGGGAAUGCGGUACGCACGGGUGUCUCCCCCCUCUGGAACAGGAGCUGGUGUCUGUCGGCAUCGGGGACAACCGGACAGGCGAGAUGAUCGUCCUGGGCCACGUGAAGCACAAGCUGGUGUGUUCCCCGGACUUUGAGGCUCUGCUGGAGCACCGGCACCGAUAGCCCUGGGGGGCGUGAGCCCCACAGCCCGUGGGGACAGUCCCUGCACAGCUCAGGGACCCUGGCUCUGUCCUCAGCCCCCCAGCAUUGCGUUGGGCACACAGAGGUGUUUUCUGCGGAUGCCAGGGAGCUCUAAUGGAGCAGCAGCGGGGCUGGGGGCUCCAGCUCUGUCCCCCUCCCCACCCCGUACAAAACAGACGGGGUCUGUUGCUGCCUCCAUCUCACAGGUUUGGGAGAACGUGGUGUCCCCUCUGGCUCUCCAGCAGCCACACACACGCUGGCGAGCAAGACACAUGCUUGGGGGGAGAAAUGGAGAAUAAAAGCUGUUUUUCCCCCUGUGGGGGCUGCUCUGUCUCA